AUGUCUCAUUUAUUGCGUCUGUUUAACCGCCACCCACUAGUGGGGAAUAUGUUACUUACUGGGUCCCUCUUUGCGCUUGGUGAUGGACUUGCUCAGGGAGCAGAGGAGAAGGUUUUCUCCCCCAAGCGAAUGUUUCUCAAUGGUGUCUAUGGAGGAAUUGUAUUUGCACCUAUUGCUCAUCCCCUUUAUCAAGUGCUUGGUCGGAUCCACGUCCGCGGUAGCACGCUUCUCAGCGGCGCGGCCCGGACGUUGGUUGACCAGACGCUGUGGGCGCCCGUUGGCGUGGCGCUCUACCUUGCCUGGGUGGGCGCGUGGGACGGCGGCGCCGCCGGCGCCGCUGCGCGCGUGCGCGAGUUGUGGUGGGGGACGCUUUUGGCCAACUGGGCGGUGUGGCCUAUUUUGCAGGGGGUAAAUUUCACGGUGGUGCCACCGCGCGCCAGAUUGGCGGUGUCAGCUCUUGCCGGUGUGCUUUGGAAUGGGUAUCUCUCUUGGCGCGCGCACUCUCUAAGAAGGACAGAUAAAUGA